AUGUAUCUGAGCACAACAUCGGACCGAGCGAUGGGAGGAGAUGAGGCCGAGCCUAACGGGGCGCAGCCAAGGGGCGAAGCUGCGGCGAGGCCGCGGCGAGCGGCGGAGCCCCGCGCAGGCCGCCGGCCGCACGCGCGGUCGCAGGCCCCGCGUCCGGCCGCGGGUCCGCACGCGGCGCGGGCGAGAGGCCCCACGUGCAGCGGAGGCCCCGCGCGGGGUCCGCGCCGGCCGCCGGGCCGCACGCUGCCGAGUCCUCCGCACGCGCCGCCGGCCGCCGCAAGCCCCGCGGCAGGCCGCCGCAGGCCCGCCCCGCCAGAACAAGACAAGACACGCGACGAACGAGAGCCAAGGGCGCGAGGCGCCAGCACGAAGCGCCCAGCACGGAGGGCAAGGAGCGACCGAAGAGCAAAGCAGCCAGCAGGGAGGAGCGAGGAGCCAGAGAGGGCCAGAGCACCACCCAGCGAGAGCAACCAGGACCGACGCAGGGACGAGGCAGCACCACCGAGCACGACCCAGCAACCCACGCAGCCAGGCAGCAACCCACGCAGCCAGCACGACCGAGCACCAGCCAGGCAGCACCACCCAACGAGCAACCCACCCACACAGCACCCAGCACCACCCACGCACCCAAACCCCGGCCGCGGCCACAAGCGCAAGCGCAAGCGCAAGCGCAAGCGCAAGCGCAAGCGCAAGCGCAAGCGCAAGCGCAAGCGCAAGCGCAAGCGCAAGCGCAAGCGCAAGCGCAAGCGCAAGCGCAAGCGCAAGCGCAAGCGCAAGCGCAAGCGCAAGCGCAAGCGCAAGCGCAAGGCCCGCCCAGCACGCACCCAGCCAGAAAGCAAGGCCCAGGCAGGACGCACCCAGCCAGAAAGCAAGGCCCAGGCAGGACGCACCCAGCCAGAAAGCAAGGCCAGCCAGCAAGGCCCAGCCAGCAAGGCCCAGCCAGCAAGCCAGCAACUCCCGCCCCUUCACUCCACUCUGUAA